ACUCCACUGUAUCACUGUCGAUCUUCGCCGUGCUCCCAGCCGCCGACUGUUCCCUCCCAAUGGACGCGCAGCAGCGGAGCGCCGCGGCCAAUCAAGAGACAUCAUCGACGCUGGCGCCGACAGCCGCCGCCACCGACGAGGAGCACGAGCAUCCCACGCUGCACAUGCACAACGCGGCCGAGGUCAUCCCGGCGCUGCCGCUCGAAACGCGGUGGCCGCCGUUCGCGCUCCGCCGGUACCGCGGCUACUGGCUGGCCGAGCGGUUCCUGCCGGGGCUCGCCGCCUUCAACGACCACUUCGAGCCGGCCCCCGGCGCCACGGACGUGCUCCUGGCCACCUGCCCCAAGUCCGGCACCACGUGGCUCAAGGCCCUCGCCUUCGCCACCGCGCACCGCGCCGCGCACCCGCCGUCGUCGCCAGGCCACCCGCUCCUCUGCCGCAGCCCGCACGGGCUCGUCAUGUUCCUGGACGACAUAUUCGGCCGCCCCGUCGAAGACGCGCGGCGCGUCCUCGCCGCCUACCCGUCUCCGCCGCGCCUCUUCGGCACCCACUGGGCCUACUCUCAACUGCCGGAGCGCGUCACCGCUGGAUGCCGCAUCGUGUACCUCUGCCGGGACCCCAAGGACGUGAUGGUGUCCUGGUACUGGUUCCUCAAGAAGUUUCUCCCCCACGACGCCGGCGACCUCGACUUCAUGGAGCUCUUCGAGGUGUUCUGUGAGGGACGCAGCGGGUACGGACCGGCUUGGCGGCACGCCGCCGAGUACUGGGAGGCGAGCGAGGGACACCCGGACAAGGUGCUCUUCCUCAGGUACGAGGAGAUGCUGCGCGACCCUGCUGAGAAUGUCGGAAAGCUCGCGCAGUUCCUCGGGUGCCCGUUCACAUCGGCGGAGGAGGACGCCGGCGUGGUAGAAUCCGUGGUGGAGCUGUGCAGCCUGGAGAAGCUGAGUAGCCUGGAGGUGAACAGGAGCGGCGCGCCGGCGCUGGCCGUGCCCAACGACGCCUUCUUCAGGAAGGGGGUGGCCGGCGACUGGCGCAACCAGAUGACGCCGGAGAUGGCGGCGAGGCUGGACGCCAUCGUCGAGGACGCCCUGCAUGGCACAGGGUUUUCAUUCGUCCACUCCGGGCACGCGGUGGAGCACCACGGGACCGGCGCCGGAGCACCAUAGAUCGUUCGACGGCCCAAGAAAAAAAAUGAAUAACAUGAUGCGAUCAAUGCAGGUCGGGUUUCCAUGUGGACUGAAUCAAGCAAGACUGCAGUGUUCCGUUUUCUGCAGUUUCUGUAAUGUAAUGUGUGAAUUACUAGUAGAGUACAUUGGUAAGAACAAGUAUUACAUCAACACCUUCCAGAGGGGGAAUGAAUGCAGCUAAUUAAGCUAAACCGUGCUCAUUUGUUAAAUUUUCAAAACCUUCAUA